UCGGGACGGACUGCAGGGCGCAUACGCGGGCUGUUGGAUACCUAAUUCGGCAACGGUAGUUUCCUUUUGAACGCUCACAGAGUGGAGAAAUAGCUUGGUUUUUAACCAUGGGAGCGACACCAUCCGUGCAACGGGACGACAAGAGCCCUGAAGAUGCUCCAGCAGAGGACAUCAGCGCAGAGGUGAACGAGACUCAGGAUGGAGAAACCGUUGAUUGCAAGCCUCUUCAGAAGAAUGGACAGAUCUCAAUCUCCAGUCUUAACGGGAAGACAGACGAUCAGUCAGAAUUUAACGGUCACACGGAGGAGAACCCACCGGCCGAGGUUGGCCAGACGGAUGCCAUCUCCCAAAAAGAAGACAACCCUGAAACAAUUGAGGUGCAUCAGGAAGAAGUAGCCCCUCAGGUUAAUGGAGAGAAAGGAGACGACUCUGCAAAUGCAGAUGAAAUUACAACCACAGAAGAGAAGGUAGUAGAGGAAAAACAAGAGGAGGCCAAUGAGGUGGGCUUCAAGAAGAUCUUCCGUUUUGUUGGAUUCAAGUUCACACUGAAGAAGGAUACGAAUGAGAAGGUAGAGCCUGUGCAACUGCUGACAGUGAAGGAAGCAGAGAAUGGUGCUUCAGAUGCAGCCACUGAAGAAAACAAAGAGAAACCUGCAACAAAGGAAUCCAAAUCUGAGGAAGAGAAAUCAGCAGAAACUACAGAGAAUGAGAAAGAGUCCAUGACUGAAGAUGCAACUGAUAAGGCAGAAGAACCAACAGACCAACCUGAAGUUAAUGCCCCUGCAGAGUCUGAAAAAAGCAGUGAUGAGAUGCCAGAGAAAUCUGCUGAGGAAACGGGGACAACAUUGGAGAAGGAGCCAGAGCCAGAAGUGCCAACGGAAUCAUCCACUAGUCCACCCUCUCAAGAGACACAGAGUCCCUUUAGAAGAUUUUUUACUCAGGGAAUCUUUUCCAACCUGCGAAAGAAGACAAGCUUUAAGAAGUCAAAAGAUGAGGAACAAGUCAAGGAAGAGUCAGCAGAGGAGGACAUUAAGAAUGCUGAGGUGACAGCAGCUGAUGCUGUUGAGAGUACAGAAGAAGCUAAAGUACAUGCAGAGAAAGGACCAGCUGAGACAGAGCAGAUAGAGAAGCCAACUGAAACAGUUGAAACUGAAGCAGACACAGCUGAAAUUACUUCCAAUGACACAGAGGAGCAAAAAGAUCUUAAAAUAGAAGCUGAGGCUACAAGUGUGGCUGAAACUGUGACUCAAACUGAAACUGCUGAAGCUCCUGUUUCUGAAACUUCUGAUGAUGCCCAACCCAGUGAUGAUGCGAAACCAGCAAAUGACAAGUCAGAUGUUUCUGAAGAGGUGAAAACUGAAGCAGAAAUCCUGUCAUCUCAGGAGAAAGCCAAGGCUCAGGGAAGCCCACUUAAGAAGCUGUUUACAGGAGCAGGUCUAAAAAAGCUGUCAUCAAAAAAACAGAAGAGCAAGAAAGAAGCUGGGUCAAAGCAAACAGAAUCAGGUGAACAAGCUGCGGAACAGAUCCAGCAAUCCACUGAGUCAACAGAGCCCCAGAAACCUGACAGUGGAGAAUCUUCUCCAGAUGAAUCUGCUGAGCAUGUUGUAGUGGAGGUAACUCAAGCUGAGGUAGCUCAAGCUGUCGAGUCUGAGGGUGAGCCAGCCACUUCUGACAGUGAGAAGAAGAAGGAUGGAAUUUUACCUUGGUCAUCUUUCAAAAAACUAGUCACUCCAAAAAAACGUGUCAAAAGGCCCUCUGAAAGCGAAGACGAGGCACCUGGUGACAAACCCAAAUCUUCUACCCUGUCUUCAACUGAGAGUGCCGUCUUUGAUGAGAAAACCGAUGAGACUAAACCAUCUGAAGAUGUACCAUCUGAGUCUAAAGAAGAAUCACAGGCAGAAUCUAAGGAUGAGCCAAAAGCUGAGAAGACUGAACCAGUUGCAGAAGAGCCUAAAAGAAAAAUUGAUACAUCUGUGUCCUGGGAAGCUCUGAUUUGUGUGGGGUCAGCUAAAAAAAGGACCAGAAAGACUUCUGAUUCUGAUGACGAAGAACCUAAGAUUGAGGAAGAAGUCCAGCAGUCUGGGGAAGAGCAGGCAAAGACUGCCGAGUCCCCUCUUGUAAGCUCUGGUGAAGCUGACCAUGAGAAUUUGGCAUCCUCACCCGAACCAGAGGAAGAGCUUGUUUCGACUUGGGAGUCCUUUAAAAGGCUCGUAACCCAAAGAAAGAAACCCAAAGCUGAAGACAAGUCGGAUGAAGCCUCAGGUCCAGAGCAGACAACUUCUGACAGUGAAAUCCCCAAAGAAGAAUCCUCGUUCUCUUUGAGGAAAUUAAUUCCACGCAGGAAGAAGAAGUCUGAUGGUAAACAAGUCUCUUUGGAUGUUGGCUCUGCAGAGGAUGAUUCUGACACUCCAGCUGUGGUGCCUCUGUCAGAAUAUGACAAUGAAACAUCUGCAGAAGUUGUAGUCAAGGCAGAGGAGAUAAAGCAGGAAGUUGCACCAGUCACUCAGGCACAGGCCUCGGCUGAAGAUAGAUCACCAUCUUGGAUCUCAACCACUGUGGAAAAUAUCGAGGAUGAGACAGAAGGAAAGCAACUGUGUGACAUACCCGAAGAAGGAGACACAGCUGCCACAUGUAAAUCAACUGAUAACACCAUUGCAGAGGACAUAGUUAAGCUUACAUCAGAGGCUGUUACUGCCCUUGAACAGGCGGAGACAGAAAUGGUUUCUGCCAUUAUACACAUUACAGCAUCACCAGUUACAUCAGGGGAGACGACUCCUGUCUCAGGUGAUAGUGUGGAGAAGACUGAUGUGGUACUGCAGGAAGAUGCGGAAACUAUUUCUGUUACCACAAGUGCCAUGGAUAUCACCAUGACUGAGACAGAGGAAAAAAACUUUGAUAUUACCACUGAUGUUUAUCAGGUUGAGUCAGCCAUCAAGGAAGAGAAAACAGUCUUGGUUGCAUAUGAGAAAACAGAGGCUACAGCCAUUUGCACUGGGCUUGGCACUCAUGAAAUACAGGCAGUUGAAGAAGAAAGCCUCUUGAAACCUUCAGUAGAGUCUGUCACUGCUGUUAGCCAGGCACUAGUCACAGGGUUGGUUGUUGAAGGCAAAACAGAAAAGCCUGAAAUGGCCAGUGUGACUGAGGAUAAAGUCCAUGAGGCUCAGGUGAGUGAAGUUCAGACAGAGCUCAAAGAAGAACUUCAAUCGCCCUUAGAAAAUGCUGUUGAGGAGAAACCCCUUCAAGGGGUGCCUGCUGCUGAAGCUGCCGAGUCCAAGGAAGAUCCCAUUCCUGUUGUAACACCCACUGAAGAAUUUGCAGUCGUCAGAGAGACUGUCUGUGUUAUAAGCUCAACAUCAGAGUCUACAGAUUCCCAGACAGCAGAGCUAGCACAUGAAGCUGCUAUGGAAAAAGUCCCCCUUGUUCUUCCCACUGGUGACCACAAAAUCCAGGUUAAAGUGAAUGAUGUUGAGGUUGUCACUUCUCAAAGAUUUGUUGAGGGAAACUUUGAAGUGACCUCAACAAAUGUUAGUGUUCUGGUUGAGGAAGUUUGUGAGAAUCUGAAAGAAGUUGAAAUGAUAAAGGUAGACCAAGUGAGAGAGGCAGAAAUCAUUAAAAAGCAGAGCAGUGUUAUUGUGCAGGAGGUCAUUCAACAUGUUGUAGAGAACCUUGCUGAGGCACAUGAGGAACAAUCCAUAUCUGAGAAGGCUAGUGAGGAGGUAAGCUUUAAGCUUGAAGAGACCCUAGCAGCUUCUGAAAUCAUUGAGGAAAAACCUUCAACAGAAGUCGUUUUAGAUGAAAAACUUCCAUCAGACACAAUCCCUGAGAAGCCAAAUACAUCUGACACUCUCUGCGAAGAUGGUGGUGAACAAACUUGUAUUAUCACUCAAAAACCCACAGUCAAUGAAGCCAUUUUGAUUGCGGAAAAAGUCCCAGUUUCCAUCACAGCUCAGAGUGAGGAGGUUGCCACAGUCUCUGUGACAGCUGUGCAGCAAGAAACAGAGCUAACAAAAAGUGAAGUCGAACUAAAGCAAGCAGAAGAGAAAACAGUAGAAGACAAAGAAGAGUCUAAUGAGACCACAGAAAGUGAAGAUGGAAAAAGUCAAGUUCAAAUAGAUCUCAAGAAAGUGCCAACAGAAAUCCAAAAAGAUACCACAGAGUCUUCAGCCACACAAGAGGAAAAGUGCCAGUCUAUAGAUACAUCUGCACAUCAACACCAGGUUUUGGCUGAGCAGUGUCAAAUGGUCCAAGAGGUACAGAUUGAGAUGGCACGGGAUUUAAAUGUUGGUGUCGUAAACGUAAUAAAUGCAGAUGAUGUACCUGAGACAAACAUGAAAGACGACAAUUCAGAGGGUCAGAAAUCAGUAGAAGACAUGCCUCAAAAAGACUUGGACGAGCCUGAAAUGGAAGUUUCAACACUGGACAUGAAAAACCAGGGAGAGUCCGGAGAUGCAGAUUGUCAAAAAACAGAUGUAAAAAAUUUAGCUGCCAAACUGGAGAUCACUACUGAGAAGACAGCAAACACCAUUGCAGUGGAGGAGGUAGUGGAGGAAGUCGGAAAUGAGAUCGGGCCGGUUUCAACAGAGGUUGUCACAGUGUCAUGAGCAGUCUGCAUGCAAGAAGCAGUCACAUGACUGGGACACAGAGCUUUCCGGAAAGCAGGAAUUGAGAGGUUACCAUGGAGGAUAUUAAGAGACAGUGUUCUGUCCCAACUCCCAGAGCAAAAUAAUAAAGGCCAAUCUCUCUUCUCUCUCUCUCCUUUAAUCCAUCCAUUCACCUUUCUAUUCCUCUUUCCAAAUUCCCUGUGACUCUAUAACAGCUGCCAUAUCACUGAGGUCUCUCGCCUCCUUGGACUCAUCAAGGGAUGUCCUCUAUUCCCACUCUCCUAAAUCUUGCCAAAUUGCUUAAGAUGCCAUUUUUCCACCUAUAACUUUUGCAAUGAACAUUUGCAAUUGUAUUAGAUGUUCAGCCGCCUUGCUGCUGUUGAAUGGAGAGAAUAUGUAUGUGCAGUUCUUGUAUGAGUGUAUGUAUGUCUGUAUUGUCAGAAUAGGAGGAUUGUUAUUUUGUAUAUUGUAUUUAUGUCUAAAAUAUUCUUUGAAACCUCCCAAACACAGUCUAACCUUCUAAAAACCCAUUGCAAUGAUGAUGUCAUGCUGGUGUAAAACUCAAAAAAGAUUAUUUAGACAAGUAACUUUAACAAACAUGGUACAGAUAUGCAUUCUACAACUAUAGCAAAUAACAAAACGCAUAGUAUACUGUGGCUGUAAUAUGAAAAUGGAGGUAAAAUGAAAUUUACUUGUGAACCCUGAAACACAAUAUCCAGCCAUGACCCAUUUCCAUUCUCACUGUAGAUAUGCUGCUUCUGAGUCCCUUACUGUGACAGGUUGUCUGUUUAUCACGAACAUUCACAAUGAGCAAUCUCAUCUUUUAUGCGUGACAACUGAGAUUUAAAAAACAAAGACCUUGAUGUUCAGUGUGGUUUAAUUUUGCUAUCACCUGUGAACCUGGAACCUGUGAAAUAGAUGAAUUUGAUGAUGAUGAUUAUAGACACCUGCAUUAAUAGGGAACAUUUAGUAAGGACAUUUUAUUGCUCACAACACACAUAUGCACGUCACUGUUUGAUGGCCUUAGUGAAACGCAUGUUUCAACACGCAAGAAGCAUCUGAGGUUAAAAGAAAAUAGUGAGAUAUUGUGCAUAAGAUUAGAGAGCAGGACUGGGUGAAUUUUAAUUGCAUUAUCUAUUGGUGAACUGUCCAGUUACACAUGUUUUGAAUUCACAGAUGAGUGGGUAUUCAGUACUAUAUUGUAGAAUAUUUUUUUGCAUUCCUAAUCUCUGUAUCGAGGACUGUUAUUCCUUUGAAAGACGUAGUAGAUGCCAUAUUGCCAGUCUCUUUGAAAUGAACAAUAUCAUAGCCAUAAAUGCGGGCAGGAUCACAGAGCUGAUUCUGUUGGCAUACUUAAUCACACAGAUGAUGAGCGUGGCAAAUAACACAGGUCAACAUUCAAGAAAGUCUGCAAAUUACAGAGACUGCGGUUGGGAUGCAUGGUAUUCUCAGUAGAAUGUUAUUUUCAGUAGAAAAACAGCUCUGCUACUAAUAUCACGCCUUGAAUGAACAGUCACCUCACAUCUUUUUCUUAGCUUUAUAUAAUACAGUCUACUGUGAAUCUCUUUAACAUUUGUACAAAUUGUAUACCUGUGUACCUUAAGUCAUAUUGUAAUAUUAACAGAUAACCAAUGAAAACAUUAAGGAAUGUCAUAUACCAGUAGCAUGAUCCUUACCUUAUCUUUUUGUAUUCUUCAAGCUGUUAAUAGUAUGGAUACAAAUUCAUGUCUAUAUUUCAUUCAAAUAAAGCUAGCAUAAAGCAG